CAGUUGUCAAUAAUCAGUGAAGACAACGAUGUUUGUGCAUGAAUAAAAUAAAUUCUUACUUAAUAUUAGAUAUAACAUUAUUAGAAUAACAUAAAAUGUUUAAUAAAGUUUAUUUUAUCGCAUUCUGGCUAGUAUUAGUUAUAUUAACUAAAACAUUAGCUAAUGAAACCGUAGUGAUUGAAUUGCAACAACGUAAGUUAUCAGGAAAAGUGGAGAAAACUUUUUUUAAUAAACAAGAUUACUUUUCAUUCAAAGGCAUACCGUAUGCCACACCACCUAUUGGCAAAUUAAGAUUUAAGCCACCUACGCCAUACGAAGGUUGGGAAGGAACAUAUAAAGCUUACGAAAAUAAACCAACAUGUUUACAAUAUAGCUCUAGAAUGCGAAUGGGAGAACCCUUCGGAAUAUCUGGUGAUGAGGAUUGUCUUUACCUCAGCGUUUUCACUCCGGACCUUCGAGGCUCUAAAGCUGUCGUUGUUUUUGAUUACAGUGAUAAUUUUAGAAGCGGUUUUAAUGGAACUGAUACGUAUUCUCCGUUAUUUUUCAUGGAGGAAGAUGUUAUUGUUGUUACUAUUAAUCAUCGUUUCGGUCUAAUGGGAUACUUAUCAACUGAAGACGAAGUUAUACCCGGUAAUAACGGUAUAAGAGAUUUUAUUCUUGGAUUACAAUGGAUAAAAGACAACAUUGAACAUUUUGGUGGCGACCCAAAACGUAUAACAUUAAUGGGUAAUCGAGGAGGUGCAAUAUUAGCAAAUAUAUUGAUGUAUAGUGAACAAGCAAAAGACCUCUUUCACGGUAUUAUCAUGCAAAGUGGCACUGCGAUGGAAAGUAUAAUUUUUGGCCAGGAUUCAAAAGGACUCGCGUUUAAACUUGCACAACUUGUAAAUAUAACAGCUGAAGAUAGCGCCACGUUACUGGAAGAGUUCCAAAAAAUAGACGUCUACAAGUUAUUAGCAAAAGAAGCAGAUGCUAUAAGCAAUGAUUUAAUGGAAAACCAUCAGAUUAGCUCCAUUCCACUUUCACCCAUUAUCGAAAAAGAAAGCCAAAGUGCAGUAUUAUCAUCAUUUCCGAUGUCAAGUAAAAUUAUUAACGAUGUGCCUGUUUUACUGGGGUUCAAUUCUAGAGAAGGCCUUGAUUUAGCAUCACACUACAUUUUUGAACCUCGUUUAAUAACAGAUCUGGGGCAAGACUUUUUCUUUCAAUUUCCAAUAAGAUCGGGAUUCAGGUUUGAUCGUAAGAGUUCCGUAUUUGAAGAAGCUAUUAAAGAAAUUAAGGAUUUCUAUUUUGAAGACGGUUACUUGCAUUACAAUAAUAUUUUGGAAUACGCUGUAUAUGUAGGCGAUGUGUUGCAAGACUUCGCCAUAAAUUAUGCAGCCAGGAAAUUAACCACUGAACUCCAAUCCAAUGUAUUUUAUUACAUGUUCGAUUUUUGUGGUCUAUUGAAUGAAAAUACGUUGUAUAUAUCUAACCAUGCUAGAUCAACCACAGAAAAUUGGGGUGCUACAAUUACUGAUGAAAUAUGUUACUUACAUAUGUGUUCUCGGAUCAGCAAAAAUUAUGAGGAUUUAAACAAACUAAUAAGCGAACAACCGGAAAUUAAAGUGUUAAAAAAAAUGGUCCGUAUGUGGACGAACUUUGCCAAAACGGGUAAUCCAACUCCGUCUGCAGAAGACAAAUUGUUAAAAGGUUUUAUUUGGAAUCCUGUGGACAAAAAAGACAAUGAUCUGAACUAUUUGCACAUCAAUAAAGGUCUGCGCAUGAAAAAGAAUCCUCUUGGUGAACGAGAACAUUUCUGGGAUCAAUUUCUGAGGAAAUACUCUCAAAUGGCAAUUAACGGUUUAGUACAACCUGCUUCAGAACUCCGAGAAGAUUUAUAAAUUGUUUCAGGAGAUACUGUUUAAAGAUCGAAUGCUUUUUUUUAUAUAAUAAUAAUCAGAGAAUAAGCCGAUGGUUUUCAAAUUAA